UUCCUUUCCGCCAAGCUCGUUCAUUCACUCAUUCAUUUGUUUUUUCAUUGCGCCCCAUUGGGUCGGGGGUUACCUUGACGCCUUUCGCUUCCAAACGGUUUACGCCGCCCAGCGUUUCUUCCUUUUUUUCUUUUUCACAUUGGCAUUGCUUCGAUCAAACUAAGUGACCUCUUGGAUCAUCAUCACCACUUGUAACCCCCAUCUUCUUCAGCAAAAAACCCGUACCACAAUCAAGUAACAUCGAUCGAGGCGCCGACCGCUGCCUUUUUUAUAUCCCGAAAAUUAGGUGCAGGCCCAGCUUUGACCGCUAACUGAUCGACGAAGCCUCCAUUGAGCGUCUCCUCAAAAAGCCCGAAGCUAGAGCUUGCAUAAAAGGCAAUAGCUUUGACUGGCCUCCAUCUUUACUGCAAGGGCUCGAUACGAAAAAGCGCCGCAGCCAGAGGUGUUAGCAACUGGCAGCGUUCGACUGCGCAAACCAGUCAGUUAGUACAGCAACAAACCACACUGUCGGUGCCCCAUGGCGGACCCUGCCGCCUCUCCAGUUGCUCGAAGUCCCGAUUCCGAAGUAUCGCCAUUCACGAAGCCGGAUCAGAAGGCGGGCAAAGCUGAAUACUUCCUACCCAAGACCGAUGGGAGCGACGGCAGCGACCGAGACGAGACGCCAUACCCUACCAUCAAAGAGCCGUCGCCCAGCCCGUCGGUGCGCACAGAAGACGAUGCCUCGACCGUAGCGAAUGAUCCAUCCAGCAACAGCAGCGCACCGUCCCGCGGCACUCUUUCGGCCAAGUCGUCGAUCGCAUCCGUUGUCUUCCGCCCGCCUCGCAAUUUAGCUCUUCCACAAGGUGCGCAGCGGAAGACCGACGGUAACCGUCUCCGGAACUCGUCACCGCGACCAGAGAGGUUUCGGCACCACGUUUCCUUUGACAACAUCCCAGUCGGCGAGGCAACCAAGAACAACGUACUGGGCUAUACGAUCAAUCUGACGCACGAUGGCUAUCAACCCAAGCGGCGGUCGCGCACCAUGAUGGCCGGCGUUGACCAGCAUUUCUACUCGGACUAUGCACUACAGUGGCUGCUCGAGGAGUAUGCUGAGGACGGAGAUGAAGUCAUUUGCGUCCAUGUUUCGGAAAGAGACAGCCGCGACGACAAAAACUACAAGUCAAAAGCUCAGGCAAUGGUUGAGCGGAUAAAGCAGAAGAUUCCUCCGGACUGUGCCAUUAGCAUCAAGCUCGAGUAUGCGGUUGGAAAACUACACGAGACUUUCCAGAAACUGAUAUACAUAUAUCAGCCGUCAAUGCUAGUUGUGGGCACACGCGGCCGGUCCCUUGGCGGUCUUCAAGGACUUGUCAACACGCGAAACUCGUUUUCCAAGUACUGUCUACAAUACUCGCCAGUGCCGACCGUGGUGGUUCGCGACAUCGACAAACGCAAGAAGAAGAAAGAGAAGCGGAGCCAGGAUCCAAACAGGCAGAGUUAUAUUUCCAUGCUGGCCUCCAACGACGGAAAGCACGAGGCGGACAGCGAGAACAGCAGUCUAUAUGAGCUGGAGGCAAGGCUCUCACCCGACGAGGAAGCCCACAGGGUCGCAGCAGCUAUUGGCCUUCCGAGCUCAUUCGACCCCACAAUCGAGGGUGUGGCCCUUGAAACGCGGAUGCAUCCCCGAAUCCACAGCGUACCAACCUCGCCUCUGAAGGAGACUAUGCAUGCCGAAGAGGUAGCCAGCGCUCUUGCGGCCGUGCCUGCACCACCGUCGACACUUGGUGGGAGCGAUGAUGAUGAGAGCGCUGACGACUCUGGAGACGAGUUUGAGGUCAUGUCUGGCGAGCAGAUCAUCGCCAAGGGCCGUCAGGGCAACCCAGAUGAGAAGAUCAAAAAGACGAAGCUUCACCAGAUGGAGGUUGCCGAGGCAGCGGCGCUUCGUGAGCAACCAGUUGACGAUGAUGAUGACGACGAUGACGACGAAGAUAAUACCCAGGGCGGCCCGGGAAGUCAAGAUGGUCAGGGACUGAAAGGAAAGCCUUGAUUGUGAUUAGUUGCCACCUGAACACUCUUCCCUCAUCAAUAAAAGGAAAAGUCUGCCAGAACAAAUUAUCAUGCACGCGGCCGGGUCGGCCAGCCUGUAAUCUGAGCACUCCUCGUACGGCUGGAUGCUGCUAUCUUUUUGUGGCCCAUAAAGAAAGGCCCAAAGCCGUCACGUUUACAAUAUGAGCGGUUUGGCCAUGGUCUGAAUGGCCAUCUUGUGAUCGAGCUUUGGGUCGAUGCCACACAGGGUAGGUGGAGUGACCAUGCGGCACAAUGUCGGUAUAGUGUAGACUAUUCGGUGCAGAAGUUGAAGGGAAGCAGUGUGCACUUGUCAGAUACCAACAGUUUUAACCCUUGAGAACUACUAUUUUGCAGGAUCCAGUUCCGCUCCCAUAAGAAGAAGCUCAAAUUUGGGGUCUGAAGGGACAGUAAAAAGGGUUAACUAUGUCGGGGUUUGAGCAUGGCCGCG